GCAGUGGGGAGGGCCUGAAAGUGCCCCUGCAUUAUUCAUGGGGGAGGCAGGUCUAUUACAGUAGGUGUGACCCAACAAAAACAAAUGUAAGACCAGCUCUGUGUGUCUGAGCCUGUUCCACACUCACACACACCAGCCUCCUGUCUCUGCACCGAGGACAUCCCGGGGUGUGUGUGUGAGAGACGGACAAAGUGUCUAACCUCUCUGUGCUGGAUCAUUUAUUCCCCUUUUGUCCCUCAAGGUCGAGCCUCAGCAAGCCUCUCCUCUGCUCAACGGGGAGGAAAACAUGACGGGCGCAGAGACCAACAUGCGGCUGAAGCUGCCGAUCAUCUGCUUCAUCCUUGAGAUCAUCCUCAUCAUCCUCUUCGGUGUUCUGGUGCAGUACGACGACGAGACGGACGCCAGGGAAUGGCACAACAAGCUCAACCAUGGGAACAAGAGCCACUCUGAGCACAAUGGCCACGCCGAGUCCGAGAUCCACUCCGAGUAUGAAAACGACUUCUACUACCGCUACCCAAGUUUCCAGGAUGUGCACGUGAUGAUCUUCAUCGGUUUUGGCUUCCUCAUGACCUUCCUGCAGCGCUACGGCUUCAGCAGCGUAGGCUUCAACUUCCUGAUUGCAGCCUUCUCUCUGCAGUGGGCUACGCUCAUGCAGGGCUUCUUCCACGGAAUGCAUGGAGGCAAGAUCCACAUCGGGGUGGAGAGUAUGAUUAAUGCUGAUUUCUGCACUGGUGCUGUGCUUAUCUCAUUUGGAGCUGUUUUGGGGAAAACCAGCCCUGUCCAGCUGCUGGUCAUGGCGAUAUUCGAGGUCACACUGUUUGCAGUCAAUGAGUUCAUCCUGCUGUCCAUUCUGGGGGCCAAGGAUGCCGGAGGCUCCAUGACCAUCCACACGUUUGGAGCCUACUUCGGCCUCACGGUGACCCGAGUCCUGUACCGGCCCAACCUGGAUAAGAGCAAACACAAAAACUGCUCUGUCUACCAUUCUGACCUGUUCGCUAUGAUCGGUACCAUCUACCUGUGGAUGUUCUGGCCCAGCUUUAACUCUGCCGUCACAGCUCAUGGAGACGACCAGCACCGCACAGCCAUGAACACCUACUACUCCCUGGCAGCCUGCACUCUGGCCACAUACGGCAUGUCCGCCGUCACAGCACACGACGGCAAGCUGGACAUGGUCCACAUCCAAAAUGCUGCCCUGGCCGGCGGAGUCGCAGCAGGAACAGCUGGUGAAAUGAUGCUGACGCCGGUCGGCUCCAUGAUCGUUGGUUUCUUGGCCGGCAUCAUCUCUGUUCUGGGCUACAAGUACCUCUCCCCCAUCCUGGAGGAAAAACUGAAGGUCCAAGAUACCUGUGGGGUUCACAACCUGCACGGCAUGCCCGGCGUCCUGGGCGCUAUUGUGGGAGCGGUGACUGCAGCCGUGGCAACCACAGAUGUUUAUGGCAAAGGUAUGGAAGACGUGUUCCCAGAUGUGGCAAAGGGAGACAUCACAGCGUCUUACCAGGGUGUCCGUCAGGCCAUUUCCCUCGCUGUCACCCUUGGCAUGGCCCUGGUGGGAGGGCUUAUCGUCGGUUUCCUUUUGAAGCUUCCUAUCUAUGGGGCUCCUCCUGACACCAUCUGCUUUGAGGACAACAUCUACUGGGAGGUGCCUGGAGACGACGACGAGGAGGAUCAUAAGGAUAAGGCUGUGAGGAUGACGGAGACUGAGAGGCUCAACGCUUAGACGCACACAGACACAGGACACAGUAUCUUACUUGCACACAUAUACACACACACACACACACGCAGACAAUAUCUUACACACACGCGCACAGGAGCAUACGUGCAGGUCAGGGUGAUGAAUUUGCUUGUUUUGUUUCCCUCAGUGCACAUACUGUGUUUGUGUAUGUCACACACACGCACUGAGGUUUUAACAUCCUAGCACUCAAGUUUGUAAAAAAAAA